AUGACAGCAAAAGUAACAUCGUUUACAAACAUGUAUACAAUGCAUAAACCAGAAUUAUGCUUUCCAGGUUCAUCAUCUCCAUUGAAAACACCUUUGCCUUCUUUGGCAUCUCAAAUCGAAAUUCCUGAUCCACAUCCUGAUUAUGAACUCAUUCUGAAAACCAUUCGUGCACAAAGAGCAAAGUUGAACGGUUUGGAAGACCAUGAAGGACAAGGAGCACCAAAAACUUCUGAUUCUAGCAUUCAUUCUAGUCCAACGCCUUCACCGGGUACACCACCUUCUGCAGAUGGUAGACAUACAAAUCAAACGGUGAUUGUUGGAUCCGAUUCAAUGGCAGGUCAAGUGAUCGAUCUUGAAACAGUGCAAAAGCAACAAACUCAAUUGUGCGCAAAAAGCACUUUGGAUGCACAAAUGACAAACAAUCAAAUGCUCAAUGGUCUACCACAAGCAUACAACAGCGUCAGACGAACAAAUUGUGGUCUCUUGGCACCUCAAAGUUUGUUCGAGAUGAGCUUUGCAAGACCGGCACUCAUUCAUGCAACCAAUCGUCACAAGAUUGUGUCCAACAAAUAUGCCACAGCAGCAGACCCACGUGGUUAUAUUCCAGUAUACGAAUAUGAGAUCAAUAAUACCACAAUUUUGAUCGAUCAAGAAAACUCAUACAUUCUAUUGACCAGUAUCUGCAAAGCACUUGGACCAUGGCGUACGGAUAUCGUUCGUCAAGUGGAAGCAGUGCCUGAAUUAGAAAGCCUUUGUCGUCGUAUCCGUGGUGGAUUUCUCAAAAUUCAAGGAACAUGGGUGCCAUACAAAUUAGCCUACGAACUUUGUAGAAGGGUUGCUCAUAACAUUCGUAUGGAUCUCGUUCCAAUCUUUGGUUUCGAUUUUCCAGAAAAGUGUUUAAGUCCGGUUGAUGUAGGAUUCGGUGAAUUGCGUAUCUUGACAAACGGAAGAAGAGGCAGAAAAUCAACAGUAGCUGCAAUGACGGCAAUGAAUAAUUUACCCGUUCAUAUCAAAGACAAAUAUUCACAUUCAAUCGCUGUUGCCAAUGCAUCGAUGGCAUACGGCAACAACAGUGGCAAAGCAGGUGCCAUGAUGAAUGUACAAUCAUCGACACCAUUGGCAAACACCACUAAUCAACAUGCAAAUUUCACAGCCAUGACAAACAGUGCAGCACCUUUCACUUCCCGUGUGGUUCUACGUCCACAUCCGUAUGCAGUCCGUUCCAAAUUGGCAUUUUUAGCCAAUCGAAAAAUGAUGGCCGAUCAACAGUAUGCUUUGAUGGCCCAGCAACUUGGCUCCACUCAACAGCAGCAGCAGGCAAAACAGCAGCCUAUCAUGAAUAUGUCUCAGCCGUCACAACGUAUCUGA